UUACUUUUUCAAUAAAAGUGUACUAUUUAAAAGGCGGUUAUUUAAAAAUAAACUAAAAGUUACAAUAAUAUAAACAAUAAAUAUGUUUUAAAAUGGAGACACCAGAAGAAGAAUACAUAUGCCCUAUGUGCAAAGAAGAAUUUUUAAGCAAAGCCUCACUAGAAGAACAUUACAAAGCGCAUCCUUUGCCUUGUAAUUGUGAAUGGAAUGUCACUCAGGACAUGAAGCAAAAUGAUAAAAAGAAAAAAAAUUGUAAAAUAUGUCUAGGAAUAGCAACAAAAGGCAGCAAUGUAAUUUCAAAGCAAGAUUAUUUCAUGUGCAGUGAAUGUGGCAAACAGUUCAAGUCAAGGGGAGAACUAACUCAUCACAUUAACUCAAAAUGUGGCACCAUUAAAUUGUUUACUUGCAAAGUUUGUGGUCAACAACUCAUGACAGCAGGCUCUUUGCAUAAUCACAUGCUGAGGCAUAAAGGUGAGAAGAAUUUUAUGUGCAAGUUUUGUGCAAAAUUAUUUCUCACUGCGGGACAAUUAAAAGUUCAUGAAAGGAAACACACAAAUGAGAAGGCAUUUAUAUGUAAGGUGUGUAAUAAAGGAUUUUGCCACAGGCAAAGUCUGAUAACUCACAGUUCCAUUCACACAGGUGUCAAACCAUAUCAAUGUGAGAACUGCGGCAAAUCGUUCAGUUGCGUGGGAAACUUGAUAAAGCACAGAAAAAGCCAUGCCAAAACUUGCGGAUCCAUACCGUUGAACAAUCACACAGUUAAAAAUCCUAACACCCGGAUAAAAGUUAAAAUAAACACACCUGAAACAUGUAAAUUAAGAACAAAUGGACAAAAUAAAAAUAAAUCCAGUUCCGAAUUUCAGCAAACAAAUAUUAAUGAAGAUGUGUCAUUUAAAAUUGAAGAUGCAAAACCGGAUUCGAGUAAGAAACCGGACUGUUGUUGCGCACCUAACUCACCUUGUAUUGAAUUUAUGCGGGGUAGUUAUCCCUUAGAACGUAGCAACUCUUGCUUUUUAGAGCCCAUUGAUCAAUGUCAGAGAAAAGAAUCUUACAACAACUUGAGGUCCUUUAUAAAGAAGAUAGGCGAUCAAAACGACCAAAAUGCAUCAGAGGAUUCAAAGAGAGGCAUGGGAAUAGAUGUAAACAUAAUUAAAGAUGGCUUGUUUAGUUUUGAUGACGAAAAGGACAAACCCAAAUCGAUCUUCGCCAGAAGGCAAUCCGAAACAUUCGCAAAUGAUCCGAAUUUAAUGGAUGAGAAUUUCGACGAUAUUUCCAUUCCGAGUGACAAUGAAGAAGGCACCAGUGAAUUUAAUGCAAAUAGUGAAGAACCUGAGGAAGUUGAGGAAAAUAUUUGCGGGAAUAGAAAGCGCAGACGACCAACUAAAGCUGAGACACCUAAAAAACAAGUUAAGAUAGAUGAUUUAAGUAAAAAUGUUAAUUAUAAAUGUACCCAUUGUGAGAAAGUUUUUAAGAGCAGAAGUAAUCUUCUAAAGCAUGAGUCGGCGCAUGACAAAUUAAAACAAAAUUAUUCAUGUAUAAUUUGCAAAACGUGCUUUGAUACAAAGAAAUUGUGCAAGGAACAUGAACGCAAUGAGCACGCAGACAUUUUGACAUGUCCGAAUUGUGACAAAGUCUUCGCCAACAAAGACUCCCUAAAGGCUCACCGGCAUAAUUCCCAUGAUGGUCGGCCCCGCAAAAACUACACCUACAUCUGCGAUCGUUGUGGCAAAUCCUUCCGGCAGAAAGCUCAAAUGGUUGUGCACAAAGAACGCGACUGUGCAGACGGACCGUUAUUUGCAUGUUCGGUUUGCGACAAGGUUUUCAGCAGCGUUUACACUCAAAAGGCCCAUAUGAAGGUGCAUUCCGCCGAGAAGGAGCUUCUAUGCAAAUUUUGCGGGAAGAAGUUCCGAUGGAAGGGGCAGUUGACCAUACAUGAACGUAGUCAUACAGGGGAGAAGCCUUUUAAAUGUAUGUUUUGCCCUAAGGCUUUUGCCUAUCGCGAUAGUCUGAUAACUCACAGUAGUACUCAUACAGGUAUUAAACCACAUUUUUGCAAAGGUUGUGGUUGGAGGUUUUCUUGUAUAGGUAAUUUGAUAAAACAUAAAAAUACUCACAUAAAAACUUGUGGAACUUUUUAUGAUAACUAAUUUAUAUUUAUGUAUAUUCAUAUUUAUUUUUUGUGUAUAUUUUAUUUAUGUAUAUAUUUAAUUAUAUAUUUUUACUUAUUUACAUAUUAAUUUAUGUUUUAUAUUGAAGAGUGUUACUCAAUAAAAGUUUUAUAACUGCU